AUGGAGGAGAAAUUUACCAGUACGUCCGAAGAACUUCAAGCAGCAGAAGAAGAGUUAGCAGAGCUGAGAGUUGCUUUGAGCAAUGCUAAUCGAACGAUCAAGAUUUUACGUAUGAAAAAUGCGGAACAGGCGGAUAAAAUCAAAUUUUUGACUGCGGAGAAGCAAAAAAAUAACUCAUCACUGAAAAAGCAUAAUAACGAAGUAUUCUUUGUGAAACAUGGUCCAAACAGAAAUCUUCAAAAACUGGUUAAUGAACUUAAGGAGGAGAAAAUGGCAUUGAAUUUGGCUUUAGAAAAUAGUAAAGCAGAAGGAUCAAAAUUUGUACUGGAAAAUAAUCGCUUAAAAGUUAUUAUUGAGGAAGAACGUAAAGAAUGGGACCAAAUGCAGAAGGAUUUGCUGGUUGCCGUAAAAGUAGCAAAUGAUUUUAAAAUGGAUGCACAGAAGGAGAUGUUCAAAUUAUCGGAAAGGAUAACAGAACUACAAAGAAGACGACAAAGUGCAGCAUUUACUGCUCAGCAAAGAUCGUCAGCGGUCAUAUACGAAAAGAAUUUUCAAAGCUGGGAAGAUAAAGCUUGGCAGAGAUUGAUGCUUGGUUGUGAGCGUGGGUCACGACGUAAUACUCUUCUUCGGUGGUGUCAAGAAGCAGUUGCUAAAUUUCCACAUGUUGAGAUCACCAACUUUAGCAGUAGUUGGGCGGAUGGCAGAGCUCUGUGUUGCUUGUUGGCUUCUUUUUAUCCUAACAAACUGAGCAUCGAUGAAAUUUGUACCCUGGGAGCGGAGGAAUGCUUAACACUGGCUCUUAAUGUUGGUGCUGGUAUAGGUGUAGAAGUGAAGAUAAAAGUGGCUGAUUUUAGAAAAGAGGAUCGUCCAGAGUGGUCUCUUAUUAUGAAGUAUAUUCUCAAUUUAUACUAUGUUAUUUCGGAUGGAUCUCAUUGUUGA